UCCGCACUGGCCCCCACCGAGGCAGGGGGCCCGACCGGCGCUGAGCUCGGCUGGAUGUUACAGGCGUGCAAGAUGGAAGGGUUUCCCCUCGUCCCCCCUCCGUCGGAAGACCUGGUUUCCUACGACGCCGACCUGUACCAGCGGCCCCCACACGAGUACUACCCGUACCUCAGCAGUGAUGGCGACAGCCACAGCGACCAUUACUGGGACUUCCACCCCCACCACGUGCACAGCGAGUUCGAGGCCUUCCCCGAGAGCCACUUCACCGAGCUGCAGAGCGUGCAGCCCCCGCAGCUGCAGCAGCUGUACCGCCACAUGGAGCUGGAGCAGAUGCACGUCCUCGACGCCCCCAUGGUGCCGCCCCACGCUGGCCUCGGCCACCAGGUCCCCUACGUGACCCGGAUGUGCGUCCAGUACCCGUCCCUGUCCCCGGCUCAGCCCAGCUCGGACGAGGAGGAGGGCGAGCGGCAGAGCCCCCCGCUGGAGGUGUCCGACGGUGAGGCUGAUGGCCUGGAGCCGGGGCCCGGCCUGCUGCACGGGGAACCAGGCAGCAAGAAGAAGAUCCGCCUGUACCAGUUCCUGCUGGACCUGCUGCGCAGCGGCGACAUGAAGGACAGCAUCUGGUGGGUGGACAAGGACAAGGGCACCUUCCAGUUCUCGUCGAAGCACAAGGAGGCGCUGGCGCACCGCUGGGGCAUCCAGAAGGGCAACCGCAAGAAGAUGACGUACCAGAAGAUGGCGCGCGCUCUGCGCAACUACGGCAAGACGGGCGAGGUGCGCAAGGUGAAGAAGAAGCUCACCUACCAGUUCAGCGGCGAGGUGCUGGGCCGCGCACCCGGACCCGGCCGUGUGUGCGGCGACGUCGUGCUUCCGUCUGUCCCCGAGGGCCUGACCGGUGCGGACGGGUCCUCCGAGUGGUUAGCGGGUGGGGUCCUAUGGAAAGGGCCUGGAGCGUAG